UGAGAGUCACCUGGACAUCAGAAAACAGCGAAGAAGAAACCAGCUGAAGUGAAACAGAGUGACGAGGGUUGAGAGAAGACGCGCUGGAGGAGGAGGACUGACUGCACUGACUUUAUUCCUGCACAACCAAGGAAAGUUGUUUUUAAUUUUUUAACUUUUAGGCGUUUUUAAACAAUCGGCGGUGAAGUGAAGACACAACUCAGUGCAGGAAAUUGGAAAUUGGUUUUGGCACAAUUUGUAAGGACAAUUGUUUCAAAGUUUUUAAAAUUUUAUUCUCGCUGUGACUGUGAAGAAAAAUCGAGUGUGUUGGAUUUUUUUCCUGCAUCCAUCAAGUAGAAUGAGGUGGACGCAGCUGCUCAGGGUUGUGAUCUGUGCUGUGAUCUGUCUCCACUCUGCUGCUGCUCUGCCUGCUUCAGGCUGUGAGGGAGACGAGUGCAACAGAGGCCAGACCUCCUCUUCAUCCACCUCCUCAUCUUCAUCACCUUCUUCUUCUUCGUCUUCUUCAGUGGUGAAAUCCCCUCAGACCUCCCAGGACUUCUUAGGUCAGUUUACCCAGGUGAACUCACCAAACAGCGGGGACCGUAAACACCGUGACGCCAGCGCCGUCCUGCCCUUCAUCGGCCUCACUGGCACUGCUGAGCAGAGUCGUAGCUGCUGUAAGAACGGAGGAACCUGUAUUCUGGGCAGCUUCUGUGCCUGUCCGCCGUUCUUUACUGGGAGGAGCUGCGAGUACGACCAGCGCGUCAGGAGCUGUGGAUUGAUUCCUCAUGGCGAGUGGGUUCAGAAAGGCUGCUCCUACUGUCGCUGUGGUUACGGCAUCCUGCACUGCUUCCCCCACGUCUUCCAUAAAGAUUGCGAUGACUCCGAGGAGGUGCGUUGGUAUCAUUCAUCAGCUGUCCGGACGGCUCAGACUGGCCGCUUCCUGUAUCUAACGCUGCUUUUUGUCCUGCUCUCGUUCCUCUGAUGGUUUUUAAAAAUCAGCUGCUGGACAGAAACACUAGGAGAAAUGGGAAACACUGAGCUUAGGAUUUCUUAAGCUGCUUCUUCAGGACUAAAGAUCAGUUUCCAAACCCAGCCUGAGCUUCAUAAGCUUUUAUAAAAAUCUUUGGUUCUUUCCAAAUGCCACAGCAGUGGAGGAGUCAAGAGUGAAGACAUGCUGCUUACAAGUAUCCCUAAAAACAGACACAUCUGCAUUUUAAACUCUAUAGUUAGAACAUGUUGUGCUUUCUGGGGACAUACAGAAGGUCUUCUGCAUUGACUCAGCUAUUCAUACUGCAUCACAUUUUUGACUCUACCACUUUUUAAAGGACGAGCCUAUGAAAGGUUUGGGAAUCCUGCUGAGGAAUGAAGGCUAAAUGGACUCAAACUGGACUUAUGUUACAUUUUCAGGCAGAUUAAUUUAUUCAAGCAAGAAAAGCAUUUCAGCCAGUGUGUUUGGACUCAUUCCAUUUGCUCCCAGCGCAGUUCCUCUUAUUUUAUGGAAGUUUCUAGAUUUCUAACAUUUAGGAAUCAAUAACUGACUGAAAGAUAUUUUAAAACAUACAAUUUUAAAGUGUCAAUUUUAACGAAAACCAUGGAAGGCAACAAAAACAAUGAUUACAACAUGAUAUUUAUCUAGUUCUCCAACUGUAGACACAUAUUUAAACGUGUGCAUGUUCAGUCUCUUUCAAAACCUUAAAAUCAACAGUUAAAGCGAUUAUAAAUUCUUCCAAACUCUGUUAUGUCCCUGCUUGUUGUUUAUUUUCCUUCCAGUGGAAGGUUGUCUGUGAGUCUAUGAUGUCUGGAAGAAAUGUGAAGCAAACUGUACAUAAGAGUUUUAUGGAAAAUAUGUUUUUUUUUUUCCUUGUAAUUUUAGGAUCUGCUGCAUGAUUUUUUUCUUUGUAAAGGAAGAUGCAGAGUUUCUUGUUUUUUUUACUUUGUUUCUUCUGUCUGUUUGCACAAACUGAGCUGAGGUGACAUUUUGUCCUUUAAAUAUAACAGGGUAAAACAUGUAUGCAUUAUGUGUUUAUUAAAGAUUUAUUGUUGUGAGAAACAGAAAUGACUUUGUCCCUUGCAAAACACACAUUUACACAUUUACAGUGUCAUCACAAAUAUGACACUGAAAGUGACAUGGAAUUAAACUUUUGGCUGUAUUUUUAACAGCCUGAUAACAUUUAAUAGCUUACAGUUUGUUU